AUGCAGAGCAGCCGCAGGCGUCGCUGGCCGGAUGUGCAGUUCUUCUUCCCGCCCGCUGUUGAUGGUGGUGCACGAGACGAGGAGCAACCGGCGGAUGCAACGACUCGACGUAGCGAUUGCAAAGAUGAGGAAGAAGAUGAAAGAUUCGACAUACUGAGCGCUCUGCCAGAGGAGGUGGCCCUGCGCGUGCUGGGCGGAGGCGAGCUGGCGACGCGACUCGCCGAGAACAGCUGCAGCGACGGCGGCGGCCCGACCUGGUCGGCGUGGGAGCUGAGGCAAGUGGUGAGCCGCGUGUGCCGCAACUGGCGCCGUCUGGCCCUCGACGCCGGCCUCCUCGCCUCCACACUCCACCAGUAUCACCGAGGCAGGACCGGGCCGAUCGUCUCGCUCGGCGGGGAGGUUAUCCACGUCCAAAUCGGCAACUGCGGAAACAUGGUGGGCAAGGAGUACUGGCGCGCGCUGGUCCACGAACACUCGCUCGAUCCAUCCAGCUUCGCCAUUUCCGAACAGAUCACGGGCCUGCCGGUGAGCUUCGACGAGAGUGCAACGGGCAGGUUCACCGCGCGCUCCAUUCUCGUCGACACCGACCCGGCCUCGCUGGACCUCAUCCGCGCGUCGCCGCUCGCCAAGCUCUUCCGCCCCGACUGCUGCGCUCUGGAUUGGGAGGAGGCGCACUUCUUCUCCGGCAAGGCCGUAUCGGAGGCCGCCACCGAGGCCUUCGUCUUCUUCCACUCGCUGGGCGGCGGCUGCGGUUCGGGGCUGACCACGUCGGUCAUCACCGAGCUGGCCCAGGAGCGUCUGUUCCAGCCGCCGAUCAUCAAUUUUGCCUUCGUUCCAUCGUCGUGCACGGUCGACCCCAUCACCAACCUCAAGCUGACCACCCGCGAAGCCUGCAACACAAUGUUGGGCUUUAACACUCUGAUCGAGUACAGCGGCGCCACUUUCCUGAUCGACAAUGGCGCACUCAAGCGGUCGGUCUCCUAUUUGCCUAUCUUGUCAACGACGGCGGCGCACAGCGCCAUGAACCUCACGGCCGCCGCUGCCAUCAGCGGAGUGACGUGCCCACAGCGAUUCCCAAUGUUGGGUGCCGAGUGUCUGGGGUCGUGGCGAAAGCUGAUCCACGUGAGCGUACCCACCGCCGAGCUGAUGAGGGAGGUCUUCACCGAGAGCGCCUGUCUCAAAGGCCUGCCGCGCGAUGCUGCCCCGCUCGCGCGCAGCGACUGGGGGAAGACGAUCUCGUUCUUCAAUUUCGUGUGCGUGCGCGGCCGGCGGGCCUCGUGGCGCGACGCGGCGCGCGAGCUCGAGGCCAUCAAGCAGCACCGCCGGUCCCUGCCGCCCGAGGCCGACGGCUGCGACUUCACCGACGAAGUCCUCGAUGAAGAAGACAACGACAACGAAGCCGAAGAACGCGAAAACGAAGACGAAGGCGGCGCCAGGACCACCGUCAACGUCAAGGGCGGCGCGCAGACGAAAAAAGAAGAGGAGCAAGUCGAGGUUGAUGAAGAAGACGAUGACACGCUGACCACCUUCAUCCCACGCGAGGCCGAGUGGCUGCCCGACUCCCACAUCCGCUACGCCUACUGCCCGGUCGCCUACCCACCACCAUCAUCGUCAUCAUCGUCUUCUUCAUUGUCAUCGCCUUCUUCAUUAUCGUCAUCGGCGCUGGGCGAUGGGGCGAGCGCGACGCUGGUGUCGUCCAACACGCGGACCUACUCGCGAUACCUUGCGCGCUUCUUCGACCGGUUCGGGCAGCUGCCCGACGCCAGCGCCCUGUGCACCGAGGACAGGCAGCUGCUGCACGAGGCCGAGAGCAACCUACACGACCUCCAAUCAGAAUUCCGCCACACAUAA